AUGGUGUUGCAGAAGCCCCAGAAAGUGUUUGUCGUCACUGGAAGUACCCGUGGCAUCGGGUACGGUACUGUCAAGAUUCUGGCAGAAACCGUCGCCGAUGAUAUUAUUUAUAUGACUGGUAAGUUGUGUUAAGCAAUGGCGUCAUAGUUUAGGUCGUGACGUUAUUUUCGGCCAACGUGUCCUCAAGAAGCUGGAUUCUGAAUUGGUGAACUCGAAGCACGCAGAGAUCCGACUACAUCCAUUGGACAUUACUGACGAUGAAAGUUGUCAGGUAUUCGCCGAUCACUUAGAGAAAGAGCACGGAGGAAUCGAUGUUCUUAUCAACAAUGCUGGAUUCGCUUACAAGGUAAGGUUUAUAUUUUACUGUACCAGCUAUACAGUAACAACUGAAUCCAUCUGCUUUUUGAUGAUGUAUGUAGUACAGAAAUAAACAGAACCUUGCAGAAUAACGACCCAACACCACUAGAAAUCCAAGCAGAAGUGACAUUAAAAACGAAUUACUACGGAACAAAGAGGAUCACCGACUACUUGUCACCACUCAUCCGUCAGCGAGGCCGGUAAGUUAGGAGUUAUCUUAUAGUAAUUUUUUGCCUGACCCUUCAAAAUUUAAGCUUUCCAAUUAUCUACUCUUUCAGAAUCAUCAACAUCUGCAGCCAAGCAGGAGUGAUGAGGGGUCAGUACAAAAACGAGUACAUUGACCUCGUCGCCAGCCCGACCUCAACAUACGAAGACAUUGAGAAAUUCAUCGAGAUCUACAAAGAACAUUGCCUGAAAGGUCUGCCAGUUGGAGAUGGCACCUUCCCCAAACAAGCCUACAGUGUUUCGAAGGCCCUGGAGAUCGCGCUGACAAUGGUUCAAGCUCGUGAACUCAAAGCCAAAAAGAUCCUGGUGAACUGUGUAAGGCGCGCGUAAUUGAUGGGUUGUGCUUUGUGAUGGUUGUUUAUUUUGCGGGGUUUACAGUUUGAUAUUAUUUUUUGAUCUUUUAAACUUGUCAAGUAUGUACCACCUUUAAAGUUUGAAAUUGCCACAAUUUUAGUGUUGUCCCGGCGCCGUCGCUACCCGAAUGACUGGUUUCAAAGGCAUCUUUACUCCAGAACGAGGCGCCGAUUGCGCCAUUUACCUAGCGACCGGUCGAUUCUUGCCGACCGGAAUGUUCUUCUACCUUCGGAAGCCAAUUGAAUGGCCCUGA